CUCAGAUUACCUCUUCAACACAGCUAGCAUAGUUUACCAAGAGGCUGGGGUCAUGAACUUCUCCAUCACCAAUGACAUGAUUCCACCAGAGGCUGGCAUCAGUCUAAACACCUCCUCAUUCAGCAACCUGAUCCCUGAGCUGACUUCGGCCUACCCCGAUAUGCUGAUGGAGUUUCAAGUGUUCCCUGCUACAUCUCCCCUCCUGGUCUUCAGUUCUGGGAAUAUAACCCUCAAGCCAGAGAUCUACGUGGAAGCCUUUGUUGUCUCGCCUGACUCCCUCCCAAAAUCUGUCUUCCUGCUCAGUGUGAAAACCAAAGUCUCAGCAAAAGUGAUGUUGACCUCUGGCAGAAUCACUGGAUCCAUACAUCCGGCAAGGUGUCCCCAAUACAGCAAACUCUGAAUUUCUUGGCUUCUCUAUUCCUGUUCCCUGCUGCCAAUGCAAAGCUUCAGGCUGGUUUCUCCCUCCCUCUGACAAGAGACAUUUCCUUCUAUGACUUCAUUCUGCAGCCUUAUAAGAACUAUCUGCUUUUGGGAGCCAACAUCCAUUAUGGACUAGAGAGUGAAAACUGACUGGAGAACAUCAAAAGCAUGCUGGAAACAAAAAGGUCACCUUCCCACCUCCAUGUACCUGAGCAGUGUUUCUUCUGCUUCUUUGCCUGUCCUUGUGGAAAUUGGAGGCUGUAUUUCCUAAUCAACGACUUUCAGCAAAGCAGAAGAUAUUCCUUAUAGAUAUUUUUUCUUUCUCAUCUCAUCUUUUCCAUAUCCAGGGUCUAAAUCGUCCCCUGAUAUUCCUCUCUCUCCUGACAAGGCCAUCUCAUAGCAGAGAAAAGGGAAGGGAAAGGAAGAAGGGCACUUACUCUUCU